CCCAUCACCAUGGUGAUGGGAUUAGGGAUCUCCUGCACUCAGUCUUAAGUGCCACUGUCUGUGCUGGUUUUUCGAAGGUCGGAGCAGACUGAACCUUUGUGCUUUCAUUUUCCUGAUUUUGAUUUUUCUUAUGGGGAACCACUUUUCCUGCAUUCGAGGUGACUCGAAGAAGCCUUCCAAAAAGUGGGUGAGAAGGAAGCCCUACUCUACUACCACGGUGACUUCAUCGAGCACAUUCAGUGAAAUUUUGAGAAGAUACAGCCUGUACACCACCCAGCAUUGGAGGCAUCAUGGCUUCUGGAGAAAGAAGAAGGUAAACCCACAAGAAGCCUCUAGGGAGUCUCCAGCUCACAGGGGCAGAGAAGUUGGAGAGAGGCCGGUCAAUGUGAGGGUGGUGCAGGUGGCCCCUCUGAGGUUUGGCUCUACUCCCUGUGAGGACGCUGUACAUGACAUCGUUAAUGAGGACGCUGUACAAAACAUCACUAACGAGGACGCUGUACACAACAUCACUAAUGACGCUGUACAUGACAUCUCUAUUGAGGACGCUGUAUAUGACAUCGCUAAUGAGGACACUGUAUACGACAUUGCUAAUCAGGGUGCUGUACAAGACAUCUGUAAAAAAGAAGAGGCCGCCAAGGAGUCAUUUAUACUGGAGAAUGAUUUGAUUCUGGAGAGCAUAUCUGAUGAUGACGAUUUUGCAGGCACUUACUUCAACCUGGAGACAAAGUUCUCCUGGUGUGUGCCCAGGGGUGCAGGAGAAAUUGACAGUCGGCCUCCGAACUUUUAGGACUUUAAAAAGCACUCAUGUUUCCAUCCUCGCUGUUGACUCCUAGCUUAAAGGGAGCUCCCGGGGUGAGUGACAGAGGCGGGAUCAGACCCUGGCAGUCUGACAGCAACACCUGUGUUCCUCUGCACUGGGCCAUGGACGACAUUACACACCUUGAUGAGAAUCAGGAAUUGAGGCUAAUCACAUCUGAAAUUGAGAUGGGCCUUGAGUCAUAUAAAUAGUUUGGAAAAGA